AACCAGUUGCAAUAUGGCAUUUUAUCAACGUAUGAUGAACAUUGUGAUCUUUACAUUACGGAAUCUCUACUAUUAGGAUCAACAUCACCGACAGUGCUCAAGGCAUAUGCGGUUUUUACUCAACUUGCUAAAGACA